CGGCGUGAGAGAGGCUCGUUCAAAUCACAGCGGUUUAUUGAUUUUUACCUGUGAAGGUGUUCUACUCACGUUUCUGAAGUGGCCUGCGUCACCUGGAGUUGUCACACAAUCAGUCCGGAUUUACCCUCUAGAAAAGAGCAGGUGGGAUGGCGAAGAGGAUCGCUGACAAAGAGCUAACGGACAGGAACUGGGAUCAGGAGGAGGAGGGAGAGGAGGCGGGGACGUUUUCAGUUGCGAGUGAAGAUGUGUUGAAGAAUCGAGCCAUUAAAAAGGCCAAACGCCGAAACCUCGGAGCUGAGGGGGAGAGUCCAGGAGCGUUCAAAGGUUUUAAAGGCUUUUCUUUGACUGCGGUGGCGACUGCAGCGGCGGCAGCGGCGAGUGGGAGCUCGACUCCCACCCUGUUCUCGGGUUUCGGGAACGGUGGAGGCUUUAAAGGCAUCGGCGGUCUCACCAACGGAAACAGCAUCGCUCCGUCGUUCGGAGGUUUCUCGUCUCCUGCAGCGUCCACUGCUGCUCCAGGUCUGACGUUCAACGGCCCCGCCUCCGCUGACAUCACGGCCAAGCAGACCAAUGGCUCCGCCCCGAGCCCGGCUCAAAGCUCGGGCUCCGGCAGCAGCAGCAGCAGUGUCAGCAACAGGGAGUACAGCCGGCAGCUCACCGCCCUCAACUGCUCGGUGCGGGACUGGAUCACCAAACACGUGAACGACAACCCGCUGUGCGAUCUCAACCCCAUCUUCAGGGAUUAUGAGCGGCACCUGUCCAGCAUCGAGCGGCAGUACGGCGCCGGCUCUGCUGCUCCAGCUGACGGGGGCUGGGAGGAGAAGAAGCAGGGAGGGAUGCUGCCGACCACAGCCACCCCUCCUCCUCCUCCUCCCUCAUCUUCCUCCUCCAGCAGCAGCGGCAGCAGCUCGGCGGCUCCGGCUCCAGGCGCCACUUUGUUCUCCUUUGGUAAAAAAACGACAGAAGACUCGACCCGGGACAAAAGCUCCGCCGCCGCUCCGAUCCCCGCCGGCAUCACGUUUAACUUCGGCCAGAAGGUGGACAGCUCUGUCCUCGGCUCCUUAGGGUCCAAAACCACGACCCCCAGCUUCUCCUUCUCCUCCUCCAGCGCCUCCUCCAGUCAGACCUCCCUGUUCGGAGCUCCUGGAUCCGCCGCUCCUCUGUCCUUCAGCGGGACGAAGGCUGAGGACGCUAAGGCUGCAGACGAGAACGGAGAAGAAGAGUCGGAGGAGCCGCCGAAACCCGACAUCAAAGAGGUGAAAGAGGACGACGCUUUCUACUCAAAGAAGUGUAAAAUGUUCUACAAGAAGGACUCGGAGUUCAAGGAGAAAGGAGUGGGAACUCUGCACCUCAAACAAACAGCGGAGGGAAAAACUCAGUUGCUCAUUCGCGCCGACACCAACCUGGGAAACAUCCUCCUCAACAUCAUGGUGCAGUCGUCCAUGCCGUGCUCUCGGGUCGGUAAGAACAACGUGAUGGUGGUGUGCGUCCCCAACCCGUCCAUCGACGACAAGAACCCCAGCAGCCCCGUCCCCCUCCUCAUCCGGGUCAAGACCGCCGAGGACGCCGACGAGCUCCACAAGAUCCUGGAGGAGAAGAAAGGCUGAACCCCGAGCUUUUAGCAGACUUCACCUGGUCAUCCUCUGACCCCCCACCCCCCCAGACUCAUCACCCUCCUCCUCAUCACGCCGGUUUUAUCCACACACACACACA